CGGCAUGCACUGGUGGCAGCACGCAUGCGUUCCAACUUCGCACAGGCUGAAGGGAACAAUAGGAACAAGGCUCCGUCAGCUGAGCGGUAGUUCGACUGGUGUGCGGGAUUUUGGCUUUUUAUAUCGGAAAAGGCGAGGAACUCUUAUUACUGAGGACCCAAAAAUUAGGAGGAAGAAAAAUAGAAACAUGGCACAAGUUGGAACUGCACCAGUUACACAAGAUGAACCCUCUAGUGCUGAAAAUCUUCUUGCAGUAAAAUUCCUAAUGUCAGCACUGGAGUCAAUGUGCCAGGAAAUUGCAAAGUCAAAAGCUGAAGUGGCGUGUAUUGCCGUGUAUGAGAAAGAUAUAUUUGUGGUGGGGACUGAACGAGGAAGAUCUUUCAUUGGAAACCGAAAGGAUUUUCAAACUGACUUUGUGAAAUACUGUGUGGCUGAAGAGCAAAAGGCAGCACUAAAGCGAGGAAGUAAAGCUGCACCUAGCGUAACUCCAACUGCUUUGGAUAACCAGGCUGACAUUGAAAAAAACAAAAAAUCAGUUGAGGAUUUAUUCUGCUUCGUUUAUGGUAAAGCUCUUGGAAAACUCACUCCAAUUCCUGUACCUUAUGAAAAGAUCUUUAAGGACCCUGCUGCUAUAGCAAUACAAGGAUUACCUGAUGGUGUGUGUUUUAAACAUCCAUCAAAAUAUGACACUACUUCAUUAAAAAAGAUUUUGGAGCAAAAGUCAAAAAUUAUAUUCGCAAUAAAGAGGCCAUUUUUGGAUACUGUCAAUCAACAAGAAGCAAAACAACCAAUUGAAAAGGAGAAUACAAAGAUGCCACCUGGCGGCUUCAUUCAAGUGAAAACCGAGCCUUGCGAUGAUAACCAGCCCAGUACAUCAGUUGAUCCAAUUCCAAUCAAAGCUGAAGCAGAAGAUCCAGAUUAUUAUCGAUAUACUAGUCAAGGAGAAGAGUUGCAGAAUGAAGACAAUGUAUCAAGUGAUGAGACUGAUGAGGAAUAUACACCAGAUGAUUUGUCUCACCAAGAUCAUUCUGAAACUAGUGAAGACCCAGAAGUAGAAGUAACUAUUGAAGAUGAUGAAUAUUUGCCACCAAAUAAGCGACAAAAGUAUACAGUACAGCUGACGGAUGCUGGGGCCACUGCGAAGCGGAAAAGUAGGGAAUUCAAUUUUGAACAAUGGAAUGCAAGAAUUACCGAUUUAAGAAAGCAAGUGGAAGAACUCUUUGAUAGCAAAUAUGCUCGAGCCACUCUUGCUACCGGACCAGUUGCGAUCCCAUAUCCACUCUUCCAGUCGAAUUCCGAAGAUCUUUGUGUUGAUGGUUUACCUGAAGGAAUUCCAUUCAGGAGGCCAUCCACCUAUGGAAUUCCAAGAUUAGAAAGGAUCCUUCUAGCAAAAGACAGGAUAAAAUUUGUUAUAAAAAGACCAGAACUAUUAACUAGUGAGCAAGAAGAAACAAUUCCUGAUAAAACGGUCCCAGGAGCAAAGGAAGAGUGGAACACUAGGAUCACUAAACUAAGGAGGAUGGUUGAGGAACUCUUCAGCAAGAAAUAUGCUGAAGCCAUGGGACAGACACAAGCAAUGGUUGUUCCUUAUCGGAGAUUUGAAUCCCACCCUAAAGACCUCUAUGUGGAAGGUUUACCUGACAACAUUCCAUUUAGAAGUCCAUCUUGGUAUGGAAUUCCAAGGCUAGAGAAGAUCCUGCAAGCAAGUAAUCACGUUAAGUUUAUUAUUAAAAGGUUGGUUUGUUGUUUUACUUUUUGUUGGUGCAUUUUUAACCAAGUAGUGCAGAUCAAAUCAGACCUACUCAAAGGAAAAGAAGAUUGGAAUAUUAGAAUUACAAAACUCAGAAAACAGGUUGAGGAGAUUUUCAAUACAAAAUUUGCUGAAGCUCUGAAUCUUCCACAACCAGUGAAGGUGCCAUAUCCUUUAUUUGAGUCCAAUCCACAGCACCUCUAUGUUGAAGGAUUACCAGAUGGAAUUCCUUUCAGAAGCCCUACAUGGUUUGGAAUACCUAGACUGGAAAGAAUUAUUCGAGGCAGUGCAAAGGUUAAAUUUAUUGUGAAGAAGCCAGACCUAGUAGAGCCGUACAUUCCCGAUGGGUUGAAACAAGGGAAUAGCACUGAUGGGACCCCACCCACCAACAGAGGGAGGAGACGUGUAUCCAGUACAUCUGAGCCAAAUUUGACUCGACCUGUCAAAGACUCAAUUGGUUCUCUACCAGAGAAGACAGCACAAGCAUUGACUCCAAGCAGCCCAGAGAUAGAAGUUACAAUAGAAGCUUCUGAUGAAACUCCGCCAGUCAAGUCAGUUGGAAAUAAUACUCAAGCAAAUGGUUCAAAUGUUGCCUCAAAUGCUGCCUCAAAUGCCAUGUUUAAACCAAGAGGCAGGGAGUUUUCAUUUGAACAGUGGAAUGCCAAAAUUACUGAGCUGAAACAACAAGUGGAGACGCUUUUCAAUGUAAAAUGUAGUGAAGCAUUGGGUGUUUCAGAACCAGUGAAAGUACCCUAUGCGCUGUUUGAAUCGCAUCCAGAUGAUUUCUAUAUUGAAGGCUUGCCAGAUGGUGUGCCUUUUAGGAGACCAUCAACCUUUGGAAUUCCGAGAUUGGAAAAAAUUCUCCGAGCAAAAUCUAAAAUCAAAUUUAUAAUUAAGAAACCUGAUAUAUUUCAUACUGCAUUACAGGAAGCUGCCAAACGACCUAUUACAGCACGGUCGCAAACAACCGACGAGAAAAUCCCUGAAGUGAAGACUACUAUUACUCCGACUGUUGCAGGUUUGGGAAAUCGAGCAGGUGGGUUACCAACCGCAACAGGUGUUGAUGACCUUAACAUUAUUCAAGUUACGGUCCCAGAAGGAGAAAAUGAAAAAGUGUCCAAGGUGGAAAAAGCUAGACAACUGAGAGAACAAGUAAAUGACCUGUUCAGCAAGAAAUUUGGUGAAGCCAUCGGAAUGAAUUUCCCCGUAAAGGUUCCUUACAGAAAGAUAACCACGAACCCAGGUUGUGUAAUAGUUGAUGGUAUGCCUCCAGGAGUUCCAUUUAAAGCACCCAGUUACCUUGAAAUAAGUGCCAUGAAAAAGAUCCUGGAGUCUGCAAACUUUAUCAAAUUUACAGUUAUACGACCUUUUCCAGGCCUCCUGAUUAAUAACCAGCUAGCUGAACAAAGUGCAGCAGAAGGUCCAGUAGUGACAUCUGUGGCAUCUGCAUCCAUAUUACCAACUGCCUCAUUGGUCCCAUCUCCUACACUUGUGAUGUCUACUGCACCGCUGGUACCACCUACAGCACAAGGACAUGAUGUCAGUCUGCGUGAGAAAUCUCAGCCUCCAGAAUCAUCCAAUGUGGAGGUGUGAGUUCCAGAAAGCUUGGGCAUCAUUGUAUUAUAACUGUACAACAUAGGAAAAAUGUUUGCUUAUAUCCUGACCUUUUUGUACCAUUGGAAAGAUUUUUUUUCUUUUUUAUCAGCACAAGAUUAUUGCUUUGUGAAAUUCACUGAAUUGUCUCCAUUGGUUGAGGGUGUGUUCUGUACAUCUGACUUGUCAACCCGAAUACUUUUAUUAAAGUGAAGAAAAAAUACUUUUGUCUGUACUGGUGGCACCAUUUGUGUUGAAUGUUUGUAUUUGGCACUAAUUGGUUUGUGAGCUGUCUCAUGUUAGAGGCAUUAUUUUUUAUUAUUGUAACUAAUUAUGCUGAAAUUGUGCCUCCCACCACCCUUGUCCCCAAAAAAGUUACAUAAAAUGUAUCAACAAACAAUGAAAAUGAAAACUUCAAUCAAAAUUAUGGAUAGUUUGAAUAUUUUCUCAAUUUCAGGAUGCUGUGAUUGUGUAAUCCUUUGGUCGUAAGGAAGGUUUUACCAACAUCUAGAGUUUUUGUUAGUCCCGUUAUGUUCAGUGAGUGAAAAAGAAAAACAUUUCCUUUAAGUCAGUUGAGUUAAAUUGAAGGAUUAGUUUUUUGUUUCCAACAAAAAAUGUUGAAGUAGGAGGAAAUAUGAUUGAUGGAAAGCAGUCCACAAGAUGCAAAAAAGGACUGAAGUCAAGAAAAUAAAUUUUAGAGCAACCAUAGAGUCAUUACAUGUAUCCCAUUUGAAAUGUUGAAUGCAGUGAGGAUGAUCAGUAAUUUAUUUCUGAGGUAUCGUCAAAUUAUUUGUUUCCAUUUAGUUUUGAUAGGUUCAGGUAGGGAUAGAACAGUGAAUUAAAAUGGCAACCAAAUGUGAGAUUAGGUUGUUUUUGGAACUGAAUGGGAGGCGAAAGGAACUGUUUGUAGAGAAAGGUGUACUAUUUGGAGGAAUAAAUAGAAUCCAUGUUCAUUCAAUGCAACUGCAAGUGAGAAAUUACACUUGCACUUAAAAGUGUACAUUCUAAACUUGUGCAGCAGCUUUGACAUCCUUUUCUCAAAGUACAAAAGCAUAUUGAUGGGUUGAACAUUUAGUAUUUGAUAUUUAAAUUAUUAACUUCAAAAUGAGCUGGUGUAUACAUUGGGAAACUUAGUUCAGAUGCUAGUUAGAGGUGAAAUUAUCCCAUUGGAAAACUUGGAGUUUUAAACUAUUCGAUAUGUAUUUCAUUUGGUAACAAAGCAUUUGACUAGACUUAAAUUUGUUUUCUGCUUCUAGACAUAUGAAAAUUCCAUGGCAUUACCCAACUCUCCACCACCAGUUCUACACAAUCCUAACUGGCUUAGUUGCUUUGCAACCCGUUGAACAAAAUCUAUUUUCCUGUUGUCUGAGACCAUUCAUCCCAUUGAGAUCAUGCCAGUUUGCAGCAGAGCAAACCUUUCAGUUUCAUUCAUUGUAUUUCCCAGUACCCUAAAAACAACUCCCUCCUCGGGACCAUUGGCAAUCGAUUAUUUUUCCAAAUGGCUAAAAUACCAAGAAAUAUUUUACAGUAGCCAUUUAGCCAACCUGCAUAUCUUUAGAAUGUAGAAGAAAAAUAUUACCUUGUGGAAACACUCCAAGGGGAAGAAUAUGCACCUUCAUAUAGACUGCACCUUGGGUCAGGAUUGAAUUGGUUUCUCUGGAGAAGGCAGUAGCACUAACUAUGACCUUAAUAAAUGUUUUGUGGUUGCCUUGUUAAGAGUUUAAAUUGGUUGUACGUGCUUUCUUGUGCGGUUGCUCCCUAGGCUGCAGCUAUUAUUUUGUUCAGAAACCCUCCUGUCCAUUUAACAGCUAGGUCCUGUUAUAAAAUCUGAACAUAAUUUGGGGAAAGAUGUCCAUUAAAAUAGAUGGCCUGUACUGAAGAUCAUUCCCAAUAUGUUGGUUUGGACAUUGGAAUAUGGAUGAUAUUGCUGUUGCAUUGCCCUAUUAUUUAAUCUAUUUUACAGUUUAUACAUCAACAUUGUGAAAGAUAUUACAAGUUUUUUGCAAUGAGAAAAAACCAGUAUGGCCACAUUGAGAACAGCGUACAAAUAUUUUGUAAUAACUUAAUUUUAAUUUGUAAUCAAGAUAGUCAAACAAUAUUUUACAAAAUGAAUUGUAAAUCAGAUGCAUUCUGAUGUCUUUUUAUUCAAUCCCUUCUUGUUUAUCUUUAAUGGCAACCUGGAAUAGAAGAUUUUUUUUCAUUAGUCACUUUGAUCAACCAAAUAUUGUUAUGUCAGCACAGGACAGCUUUGUGAGAAGUCUGAGGGAGACCCUCAACACAAGUGAGUUUGGAGAAGGCAGAAUGAGAAACUAGAACAAAGGCUGAGAAAGUUUGUAAGGAAAUUUGACUAUAGGGACAGCUAACAUAAGGUCUAAUCACAUCUAUGAAUAUGGAACCACCCAACACAAGUAUAAGAUUUUGAAUGUGGAUUGGCAACUGGUCGAGGGGUAGAAAUUAAAAGGAAUACAGGUAGUUCUGCUAUCCCACAAUGCAAAUUAGAUAUACCAGGAGUGAUGAAUUAGGGAGUAUUUGUAUCUUGUGGACUUAAUAUCACAUAAUUUCAAAAGGAACCGUGGAAUCACUUAAAAGUUACAAUGGAAAGUGGCAAGCUGAAUAACUGCCCUGGGAGAAAAAAAUUCCAUGUAGCCUAGCUGCAGUAAUCAUACAUUUAUCUCUGGGGAAAAACACAGCUCCUACCUACACAGCAGGUGACAAUUGAAAUUACUACGCUAUUGACAUUUAUGCAAUGAUACGCUAUUAAACAACAUAGUAUAUAGGGUUUAGUACUUUUAGCCUGCAGUAACAAAAAAUUAGUUAUUAGUUUAGUUUAUAGAGACAGCUUAGGAACAGGCCCUUCAGCACACGCAAACCCGUACACUCGUUAUCUUACACAUUAGGGUACAUUUUUUUUUAACCAGAAGCUAAUUAACCUACACGUCUUUGGGAUGUGAGAGGAAACUGGAGCACAGGAGAAAAUCCACGCCAUCACGGAGAAUGUACAAACUCCGCACAGACAGAGCCCAAGGUCAGGAUCAAACCCAGAUCGAGGCAGAAACUGUACAGCUAUGCGAUUGUGCUGCCCUUAAAAAGACGCAUUUUUGGAAAUACUGUUGGAGAAAUCAUUUGGUUCUUCUUCUUGCGUAUGGCGUGCACAGCCUAAAUUUGUGGGUCAACUUGUUCUAUUUGAUCUAUUUGUUUGUGCAUGUCGGGUUGAUUGCAUUAGUCGAAAUAGGGUGGACCACGUGAAGGUUGCAAUCUCCCACCCCAUUUGGUUAUAGUGAGUCUGAAACACUAACCCCCUUUUCCCCCAUUGACAUUGUUUUCAUAACACCAUUUUCUAUAACACAAUGUUUAUUAGGAUUGCAAAUAUUGUGUUAUAGCAGAACUACCUACAUAAUUUGCAGGAAAUAAGAAUGUUACUAGGUUGGGAUCAUAAGCUUUGCAUUAUAUAAAAUGCAAAUGACAUUGAUGCACAACAAAUUUUGUUUCAGAAACACUAACAAAGCUUCUGAAGGUUUUUGUCAAAUAUGGAAAUAGUUCUGUGUGGAGAUUGUAUUGCGGAGGAGCAAAAACUGUUGAAAUUAUUAUCCUGCGACUAUUUGGGCACAAAAAGAAACAUUCAAGAAAGUCCGCCGAGGGUUUUAUUUCAAAAGGGUUAGAAUGUAAAGGUUUGCAAUGAUAGACGUGCUAGAGAACGAUGAUCAGACUCAAUGUUGUUUGGUUUCAAUUUACCAUAAUACAGGUGGGUUUAUGGAGAGGGGAUACCAAAGGAUACAAGUAAUCAGUGGGCAAAGCCAGUGGAAAUUGCAAGGAACAUAAAGACAUUGAUUGUUCAGGUACUCAAACUAAUGAUGUAUUAAAUUGAAUUGUCCUGCCAAUACGAAAUAUCCUUAAACUUAAAGCCUCUCCAUUUGUUAAUGUUGCCCUAUGGUCUCCCAUGUGAAACUCACUGGCAAUGCUAGUGAGCAAAUACUCAAGCUAAUGGGAUGCUCAAGCUGAACAAAAUAUUUCUACACUGAAACAUAUCUAAAAUAUAUUUUAACGUCCACCACAAUUAAUCAGGUCUGCCGGCCAUGUCUCAAUCGCCAUACUGAAACUUACCCGGAACCGCUCUUCUAAAAGAGAUAACUCACUGAUCAGAUCAGUGAUGGCAUUUGUAAAUGCCUCUUGUGGACUGUAGUCUGGAGUUGUCUGCACACGGAUAACAAUCUUAUGUUCGAGCGGAUGAGGUACUUUGUAACCUGCGAAUAACACCUGGGGGUCUUUCAACAACUGCCUGUAAAGCAAAACAUCAGAUUUAUGUUGUCAAAGGUGACUUUAAUCCCAAAUUCCUUAUUUCCUCACAGACUGUACACCACAUUGAUCGCAAAUGUACUUCUGCAAUUUGAUAUGAAUGCUAAGACUAUACAUCAAAAAAUUAAAUUGUUGAGUGCGACUUGUUAACUCUGGAAGGCAGCCACAGAAGGAUUUUAUUGGGGAUGAUAUAAUUUCCUCAUAUUCUGGAGAGAAUUUGGGGUUGAUUCCUUCUUCAUGUUGUCAGAGCACAGAAACAGGCCCUUCUGCUCACUGUAUCCAUAAUCACCCAUUCACUAACAAUUAUAUAGCUAUAAAGAUGCAUAUAGUCUUCAUUGCAACUGACCCCUCAAACAAGAUCUGCCUGAAUGGCAUGAACAUUCAGCUCAUUCUGAACGGUCCAACGAGAGGUUUUGUGUCUGAGGAUCAGGGGUGCAGGUCAAAAGACAGACUUCAAGCAUUACAGGUGAGUGUCAGCUAUCAUAAUAACCACAAUUAAACGUAAGAAAAUCCUUGACCAUCUGAGUUACACCCUUUGGUAUCAUAGAUCUACAAGUAAAUGUAAUCCGUAUUAGAACAUUUAUUAGCAAAUACCUGUGAACUAAACACCAAUAAUUGGUGAAUAAACUGCUCACACCAGAUUUAUUCUCCUUAGAAGCAACCUUGCAAUAGAGCAUUCAGUUGCUUUGUUCAAUUUAUUGGGUAAUGAUCUCUUAGGAUGCAUGAACCAGUGUGUUCUGAAUUGAUAGAAACAGCUGACCAAGGCAGUCCUGCAAUAGGGAGGUGGUAGGUCAGGGAGCUCAUGGUUGAGUGAAUGGGGUUUGCUUCAAGGUUGCUUUCUAGAUAUUGUGAUGGUGGAAGAAAAAUAAAAAUGAGCUCAAAUCCGUGGCAUGCUUCAGUCUACAUUUGGCCCUAAUACAUCUGCAAAUCCAUAAACACUUGUCUGAGUUUAAAGGGAAUUACUUAUUCUGUACUAACCAAAGUGAUUUGUAGCAGCAAAGUGAAAGUUGGCAUUGAUGUAACAGUAAAUUAGUCAAAUGUGGAAAUCAACCUGUGGAACCAUAGGCAAUAACACACUCCUUGAUGGGAGUGAACAGAAAUUUAGGGAUGGUAGUUGGAGGAUUCUAAAAGUUCACAACUAAAACACCUUCAGCACCCCAACAUUAUUAAAUAUGUUAAAAUAGAUUCACUGAGUGAAGUUUUUUACUUACGAUCGGAUGGUAUUACCCAGGGUAUGGUCCUCCUUGUUAAUGGUGAAUAGGCAUGCAUUUGGCACUUUUGUGUCUUUUGUUAUUGUUAUUCUAAAGAGAAAGAAAAAUGGUAAUAGUACAAAACAAACAAAUUAAUCGUCAGAAAAUACCUGCACACCAAACACACAAUAUGAACUAGAUCAACAUCAACUUGACAAGUAUUCAAUAGAGGAAUACAAUUAAGAGGGAACAUUUCACAGGUACCUGUCAAACGCUCUGAAACAUAAUUCUUGGGAAACUGCAAUUUAACCAAAACUACGGUUGGCAAAGUUGUUACCAUGAAUAUAACUUGGACACAGGUUUUUGAUAUGUUUUGUCAGAAAUUCCUUGAAAAGGGAAACUUUCCCAAAUAGCCUCCUGCUGGAUUGGCCAUCCACAGGUAGGCGGAGAGUGAUUUAAGUUGCCUUUGCACAGAUCUCAAUGGCCCAUUCAUUAGCAAUAUAUGGACUGGUCAUUCUGAAGACAUCCAGCAUAAGCAUGUUGACAAACGUGAUCAGUACAGAGACACCAAAGAAUCAGUCAGGCACUUGGACAGCCUCUGCCUUGGUCAGAGAGAGCUCAUAUAUUGUGAAGCCCAACUGAAAUGGUCUAGAAUGCUCUUGUUCUUUUAUUUUUGUUAUAGUAUGCAAACAGAAGUUAUACUGACUGUACUGAGUGUGUUUCAUCACACUCAACAUUCUGUAUGUUUUGCCUACUGUGGAAUAAAGCAAUUUAUAAACUCAA